AUGGCUGCGCUGGGGGACGAGGUGCUGGACGCUUACACGUACCUGCUGUGCGCCCCUACUCCUGCCCGUACCCUUACCCACCACCCCCAUGGGCAAGGGCUCUGCAGCCCGGAGGCGGGGGCUACCCUCCCGCCGCCGCCUCCUCGUCCCCCCGGGCUACGGGCAGCUGACGGCUCCCAGGGGCGCAGCUCAGGCCCUGCAGUCGCGAGGGAGGCCUGGCCUCGGCCCGAGGCCCAGCCCGGCAGCCGCGAUGUGGCCAUGCAGGUGAACCCGCGCCGCGACGCCCCGGUGCAGCGCUCGCUGGGGCGGCGCACGCUGUCCCGCGCAGAGCCUCCCGCAGCCCCGCGCACCGUCGCCGUGUACUCGGCCGUGGUCUCCCGCCGCCUCGCUGGAGGGGACCGAGAUGGCGGCGGCAGCGGCGAGCAGAGGUCCGGGCCCCGAGGCCCCGAGGACGGAGAAGCGUCGGCCACGGAGGCGUCCCAGCCGCCUGGGUCUCAGGAGGAGGACGAGGUCCAGACCACGGUGCGGGCGAGCUGGGAGCAGCCCGCCGACCCGCCCGGGCUGCGGCCGCGGGAGGCCCAGGGAGGCGAGGCGGCCCCCGACGGCCCGAGCAGCCGAUGGCGACCGGGGGGGGGCCCCGGACGGACGGACGGCGGCAACCAAGGCCAGACGACGACGGCUCCCGAGGGGUCGUCGCCGGGGAGCGUGGAGCCCGGCAAGCAGCGCCCGCGCCUCCAGUUCCUAGAGCAGAAAUACGGCUGUUAUCGCUGCAAGGACUGUAACAUCCGCUGGGACAGCGCCUACGUGCGGUGUGUGCAGGGCACUCACAAGGGACUUCAGUUGUGCAGAACGUGUCACAAGUCUUCCAACCCUUACCGCGUGGAGGACACCACCUGCCAAAGUUGUAAAGGUCCUAGAUGUUGCUGCCCGGUGAAACUUCGCCUUGUGGUCCCUAAAUGGCCCCAGCGUCAAGGUAAGGGCAGACGCCUAUCCUGUGACAGCACGUUCAGCUUCAAGUACAGCAUCCAGCCAGUGCAGAGCAGGGCCCGACUGCAGCGUGGUGCAGGGCAGGCCCUGGGCGUCCUCCCAGGAUCUCUCCUCCCUCACGGGACUCCGAGGCAGUAUGUUUUGACAGAGCCUCCAAAUAAAGGUAUUGCACACCAAAGCCUUGCCCUUGGUCCAUGA